GGCGUUCUAAUGCAUAUAUCAGUUGGUAUUGAGUCGGUGCAGAGAACGCGCGCGCUCGCCAAUGCAAACGGCGUUUUUGUAGAUCGAUCAACGACAUCAAGUGUGCAAGUUCCACUUCCGGGGGAAGAAAGUGCCAUUUGCCAGUGAGAAGUGCGUGGUAGUGUCCUUUUAUAAGGGAAAUCCAGUAUCGGAAGAUUCAUCACAACCAGGCAGGGGAGAGUGACCUUUCAGCGACGGAUUCAAGUGAGCUGACCCACCAUAUCGCAGGAUUAACACCAAACCAAGACCGAACCAUUAAAUUGAUUUGCUGCAACCCAGACGGAGGGGCUAAAAUUCAGAUCAUUCAGACAUACUUUUCCAUGAGAUAGCAGAAUAAUUACCAAUAACAUAGUUACCAAUAAUAUCAGCAUAGUCAAACAAAUUCCUACCAACAAAAUGCAAGCGGAAACGAUGACCGACAGUAGCGGCUUCUUCGAUCGGAUAGUGCAAUUCUUCGUGGACAACCAAGACGAGCGCACGAAGCAAUGGUUUCUGUCCGGGUCGAUGACCCCGCUGAUCAUGAUCCUGGCGACGUACCUCUACUUCUGCCUCUACGCCGGUCCCCGGUGGAUGGCCAAGCGGAAACCUUUCAAGCUGGAGAACGUCCUCAUCGGGUACAACGCCGUCCAGGUGCUGCUGAGCAUAGUGCUGGUGUAUGAGGGUAUCCAGGGAGGAUGGAACGGACACUACGACUGGAAGUGUCAACCAGUGGACUACACUCGACACCCGAUCGCCAUGAGGAUGGCUCGCGCCGUUUGGCUGUACUACAUCUGUAAGGUCGUCGAACUGCUCGAUACAGUGUUCUUCGUGCUGCGCAAGAAACAAAACCAGGUUUCGUUCCUGCACUUGUACCACCAUACGCUGAUGCCCGUCUGUGGCUUCAUCGGUGUCAAAUACUUCGCCGGAGGCCAUGGAACUCUGCUGGGCGUCAUCAACUCGUUCAUCCACGUUUGCAUGUACGCCUACUACAUGCUGGCUGCGAUGGGACCCAAAGUGCAGCAGUACCUCUGGUGGAAGCGCUAUCUUACCGUGAUGCAGAUUAUCCAGUUCAUAAUCGUGUUCUAUCACACGCUGCAAGUGCAGUUCCAGCCAACCUGCGGCUACCCAAAACCGAUUGCGGCCCUGCUAACGCUGAAUGCCGGACUAUUCAUCUACAUGUUCAGCACAUUCUACGUGCGAAGUUACCUGCGGAAGUCUUCGGGCGCCGGUCGACGAGCCGUCGAGGUAAACAACAACCGAGCGGAUUGCAAACCAAAGGAAGUGACGUCACCGGUGCAGGAAUCGGACAGCCGGACACCGUUCGCCGACCAGCAAUCGAAGAAGGAUCUGUAACCGGAACAAGCAGGGAAGGGAAUCGAUCAUCGACGAAACGAAUCAUGGUCACACCGAAACAGGAAACAGGUGUGCUCGUAGGACAACGCUGCGAUGCAUCGGUACUAGUGAUAGGAGUUACUUUUUUGUCAUGUGUAAGAUCCCGUGGAGCUUUCUUGUCUUUUCACCGACUCUGUUUUUUAAUUUGUACAUUUUUUUCUAUUAGGAAAAGCCGAAUCUAGACUAUUAAAUAUAUUUAAAUAACUA